CGCUUGUCUUGAAGAGAUCAAGAUCCAUAAGAUGCGUGCUCCUGUCCCUGCUGUUGGACAGGGUGACUGGACUCGAACCAAGAGUCAGAGAGAUGCUCUACCAGCCCGUGUGUGUGCUACUGACAACCUAUGCUACCCUGCUGACCAACGACCCAUGCUACUCUGCUGACCAAGCCUCGGAGUUCCUCUCCUAUGCUAUGCCUGUGGGACCCCUAAUCCACCGUGAUCUGCCAACAGAACAAUAUGCCCAUGCACCAAAACCACCAGACUAAAAAAUCAACUCGGAACCUCACGAUUCUUUCUUUGAAUAGCGCAUGUGCUCUCUUCCAGGAUGAAAAGGGCGGCAAGAAGGAUAAACAGACGGGCACACAGAAGAACGACGAGAAGGAUGACGAGCAGCGCAAUACGAAGCUCAAGGCUCAUAUGGACACGAAUGCAACGGCAAAACUGAACAAUCACCUCUGGAAAGAUGUCGAGUUCAAGAGGAAGACGCCAGGGAGGACGGAAGGGAUUAAGCCACCGCCCUCUACAUAUACAGUGACAGAUCAUGUCCCUACCAAGCCAGAAUAUCUGCCAGUGGAUCAUCUUAAGGAUGAAGUCCCUACGCCAGGCCCUUCGCAGACCCCAGUAACACAACCUGUGUCCGACACUGCACCAGUCCAAUCUUCCGGCCUUACUACUGCACAACCUUCCAAGGACGGGUCUAGCUCCAAGCGCAAAGCUGCAGACACUCUGGAAUCCACCGCGAAAAAAUCUAAGAUGAAUCCUGAGGACACGGACACAGAUCUAGAUGUCACCGUCCAGACAGGUCUGUACGCUGCCGAAAUUUUUGCGGCCAAUCUUGGAGUCAAUUACCUUCUGAACAUUAUUGUCGUCGACGAUGUGAUGUGGAUCUGGUAUUAUGAUCUGCAAGGGAUCGUUCAAUGCUCAGGUAUCAAUUUCAUUCAAGAUCUCCCGCGAUUUAUGGUGCUGUUGCAUACUUUACAACGCUUCAAGGUUCACGAUUGGGGCCGAAACAAGGACUUCAUCCCAGUUCCAGUUCGGGGGAAACGAUGCAGCGAAUUCAAUAUCCAGAAUAAAGAACUCGGAACGGCGGAUCUAUUGCUUAACACCAGCCACGACGAAAGAGUGACACACUACGGACUUCAAGGACGGGCCACCAACUUGGUCGCUGUCACUAGCGAGGCACUCACGAAGAAAUACGGUAACCUUCCGGAUGGGAUGGUGGCCAAGAUAUUUUGGGGAGAGGCAAAUCGCACUAGCGAGCCGGGGAUCCUGAAAAAGGUUGAGGAGACCACUAAGAGGCACGCAGCUGUCCAAGACCAUGUUCCUGAGCUCCUUUGGCACCACACGUUUACGAAUCCCGCAUCUGUCAUCCGGGAAGUGCUCGAUGUUCCAGACUCUACCACGGCCAGUCGCAUGCUCUACAUUCUUGUAUUUCGGAAGCUCAAGCCAAUCACAGAGCUUCAGGGCAAAGAGCUUUUCGACAUCUGGCGUCAGUGUAUCUUGUGCCACCUUGCUCUGUGGAAGGAAGGGGUCUGUCAUCAAGAUGUGAGCCCUGGAAACCUGAUGUGGUACUGGAAAGACGGGAAACAGACAGGCGUUUUAAACAACUACGAUCUAUCCUCGUUGGCGGAUGGCCCAGGACCUCGGGGCAACGAACGCACCAGAACGAUGCCGUUCAUGGCGCUCGAUCUUCUCACUGGUCAACGAGGCAAAGUGAAACACUUAUAUCGCCAUGAUCUGGAGUCGUUUAUGUGGUGUUUCGUCUGGAUUUCCUUGCGUUACGAGAAUGGAGUCCUUCUACCACCGAGAUUGCGCCCCUUCGAUGAAUGGGCGAGCUUAGACGGUGUGGAAUGUGGCAUGACAAAGUACUGUCUUCAGCGUUUUAGAGAGCUUCCCGCGUGCUCGCCCACAAAUGCACUUAUGUGGCGUUUCCUUGUAGCCUGUUUGAAUGUGCUUGAUGCAGAAGCCUAUAACCGACAGGUACAACCACCAGGCUCACCAACAGAGGAAUCAGUAUCAGAUAUGGAUAAUUUUCUAGCCAAAUUCACAGCUACUCAGGCCUGGGCUACGCUCAGCAGCCCUUCACUUUCACAGUGAUUUUACACUACAUUCAUACUAUUUAUGUCUGAUACCUGCCCAUGUGCCCCUCGUCUCCUGUAGGUAUCCAACUCGAGUAGACGAAUCAUCCUAAUGACUCUGCGUUAGGGCUCCUUUGUCAA